CGCUUGCUCAACGAAAAGGGAAGGAGGGGUGGGCGCGCCACGCCAAGGCCCCACGCGGAGUGUCCGGACCGGACCACGACGCGCUCUCCUCCUCCUCCAUAAAGCCCCCAAAACCCCGGCCGGCGUGGAAGGAGGUGUCGUGGGCUCUGAACUCUUAAGUACGGCGCAAGGGAGCAGUUUUGGGUCUGGUUUCAAGUCCUUCUGCUGCCGGCAUGUUGCUGCGCUCCAGCCAUCCCGUCGUGCACCCGUACCCGGCGGCUCCCGCUCCGGCUGGGCUGGGGCAGGGGCCGGUGGUCGCCGCUCCGGCUGCCGUGGCGCAGGGACCGGUGGCUCCCGCUCCGGCUGCGGUGGCGCAGGCGCAGGCGGCAGCUGCUGCGGCCCAGGCGCAGGGACAGGGCCCGGUUCCGGCUCCGGCUCCGGCUGUGGCGGCGGAGGAGGGGGACGGGAACGCGCCGCCUCCCGGGGUGCAGAUGGUGGACCCGAGGGGGGCGCCGGGGACGCGCUGGGGGCUCGGGGCCCGCCUCGCGCAGGCGCUGCUCGGGGCCGCCGCCGUCGCCUUCAUGGCCUCCACCGACGACUUCCACGAGGUCACCGCCUUCCGCCUCCUGGUAGCAGCAGAGUCUUUGCAAUGCCUGUGGAGCCUGGCCCUGGCCGCCGUGGACGUCUACGCGCUUCUUGUCAAGCGCUCGUUCCGGACUCCCCGAGUUACCACCAUAUAUUCCACCGGGGACUGGGUCACUGGAGGACUGGGCUUCGCUGCAGCGAGUGGGUCGGCAGCCAUCACCAUUCUCAUCGACGACGACCUGCUACUGUGCUCGGAGAACCACUGCCCGACCUAUAUGGCCGCCACCGCCAUGGCUUUCUUGAGCUGGUUCGCAAUCGCGCCGUGCUGUCUCAUUAACCUCUGGACGGCGGUCUACAGAGUACAGAGGGCGUAGUCUGCGGAGCAAGAACCGGACUGUUUGACCAACUUAGGUGGCACAUCUAAUAUAAUUAUCACUUACAACCGGUAUAUUAUCGAUAUUUCUGUAGUAAAAUCGGGGAGUAGCUUGAUGUUCAGAAGGGUGGUUGUGAAGCUCUGCAUUUUAUCUUCAGGAGUGUAUGCAUAUAUGCCUUCUUAUUAUGCGAGGCUGGCUGGCUUUGUGGUUGUGAUCUGGGGAUGAACUGACUCAUGGGCUACUUGUGUAGAGCUCAAGGUUGCUGGUGAGUGGUGAUACGCUCAGUUUGUUUUAUAUUGCGACUUUCGUGAUAAAAAUACUACUAAUAGACUUAGAACCAUCAGUGUUAUUAAGUGGUCAAGGAAAUUCUGUUGGUGUGAUAUAAGUGAAAAGCAUAAUUCCUUA